CAGCAAUGUAGUAUUAAUAUGUUUUCUUAUAUACUGAAUGAAGAUGACCCAGACGCCGCAGAUCAUUAUACAAAGGAAAUUUCGUGAGUCAUGUGUCCGAGCAAUGAAGCCCCAUCUGUACACACCCUUCAUAACACUCCGGGGGGGGAUAUCUCAAAUAGACAUUCCAAGCAAGUCAUUACUUUUCGUGAAACAAAGUCCCACAGUAUGCGCCCAAAGAGGGAAAUCUUGGAUGCAAUCAUAAAAUCGUAAAUGCGGAUACACAUAUACAAGGUCGUUAAAACGCGGGAUUACCAGCAGGCGCGCUGGCUGCGAAGUCGCGGAUCGCCCAUCGCCAUCCGCCGGGAUGUUCACCGUUGUCGCG